GUAGUUUAUCAGAAUUAUGUGAUAUAUUUGCGCAAUACAUUUCGAACAAUCUGAUCACACAUAUACUUGUUAAGAACAUUUAUAUAUGAAAAUUAAACUACGUCUUCUCAUUGCAUUAUCGAAAUUUAUCAAAGGGACUAAUUGUUUUAGAUAUAUAUAAUCAUUGUGUGUUAUGUAAUCGCAGCACUAAUCUCAUUUUCUUUAUGUAAUCAAUUAUUAAAAUAGUCAAUGUAAGAUGUACACUUCACCAGGUGAAAUCAAGAAUUUAGUUGCUAAGAGAAAUAUUGAUGACAAUUCAACAUUAGCUGAAUGUGAUACAUGCUUAGCAGGGAUGAAUUUGGUUCACUACAUUCUUUCAGAAAAUUAUUGGGUAGAGAUUUAUAUGAUUGCAGCACAACAAUUAUGUCAGUCUAUUCCAUCAGAAAGUCUAAGAGACACUUGCCUGAAAUAUGUGAAUAAUUACCUUAAUGAUACUUUGAAAAUACUGGCUACAGCAGUGAAUCCUGAUUACAUUUGCAAGGCAUUACAAGCUUGUACAAAUAAUACGAAUUCUUUAACUAAUCGAAACAUCGGAGAUAGUAUAUUGUGUGAAGAAUGUAAAUUUGUUUAUAGUAGAAUACAAAGUAUUUUUACUGAUCAUACAGAAACUAAACAAAUGAAAUCUUCACUGAAAAUGAUAUGUUUACUUUAUGCUUCAGACGAAUCAAAAUGUAAUAAAGUUCUUCAAGAAUAUAUAGAUUAUGCGAUUACGUAUUUUCAACAUCAUAGAGCAGAUCAAUCAUGUUAUGCACUUUGCUCUUUCCUAAAACUUUACAAACUCAUCUUCCAUUAAGUGGAUGUUACAUAUGAUUGAAAAUUACAGAAUUGAUCAUUUUGUUUUUCUUCUUCUUGUAACUAAGUUUCCUAAUAAAAAAAAUUGUGUUAUUUUUUUUUUCUACUUUUGAUGUACUUUUAUGGUGUUACCGCAUAUGAGUCUAUAAACGUUUACCUUAUAAAUCACAAUCUUUAAUUUGAAACAUUUAAAUAAACUAAACUUAAGUAUCAUACAAUAAUCAUUUUCAUAUUGUUAUUGUUUUUCUGAAUAAAAAUUUUAAAAAAUAAAAAA